AUGUCAGAAACUUCGUCAAUAACAGGCUCAUCAUAUAAUAAAAGAACAGCUUCCUUGGAUUUAAGUUCUAUAUUAUUAACCAAUUGGCAAGCUAAUGAUAAGAGAAUAGUUUUAUUAGAUUCUAUGAAAUUAAUAAUAACAGUAUUAUUCUAUUCUUUUAAAGUGAAAAACGAAGUGCAAUUAUAUUCUUUAAAAUUAGUAGACUUGGUAGUUGAUCAAACUUAUUCGGAUAGCAUAACUUUAAGAAAAUUAAAUGACAAAUAUUCUACAACGUCGAAGUAUCAAUACUUUAAUACGGUGUCAAGAAAAAAAAAUAUUGUGAAAUGUCCUAUAUUUGGAAUUGGCUUGUAUUUUUUAAUUAGCUGGGGUGGUAAAAAUAUUUUGGACUCAAAAAACAUAACAUUCGUGAAUUUUAGCAAUAAACAAUUAAUUGAUUUUGAAAAAAUUAGUUCCGACACCGUUUUCAACAAUAUUAUAGCAUCCUUUAUCGAAUUGAUCCAAGAUAACGUUAACGGAAGCUACAAAAAUACUCCAAUUUUAGCAAAUAAUAACGAUUUGAGGGCUAAAAGUCUACGGAAUGAUAGUGCUAGUAAUGGUUUCAUGGAUGAUUUUGAUUCUAGAAUACUACGAGCGGAAAUUGAACCACCUGAAGAGUUAGCCAAAAUGAUAUUUCCAUGGUUAGAUGAUUUACAAGAUGAAUUUCAUACUAAAGACAGAACCAAUUAUAAUUUACAUUCAUUAAUUGAAUUAUUCAAAUAUCUCUCUAAAACUAUAAUUCAAGAUUUAUUAUAUAUUAGUUGCAAUACGCAACUAGCACCUAAUCUACAGAAUAUUUUAUUUAAUGUUAUUCCCGAUUUUUAUUCAUCUAAGCAUUUUAAAGAAUUAAAGUUGGAAAUGCAAAAAAUUAUAGAAGGUGUUAAUCAUCAAACCUCGUAUUUUAAUCUGUUGAUUAAUAAACUGGAAGAUAAUAUGAUUGAUGUUUCUAGUAGGGUAAAUAAUUCAAACUUACAAUUAAGAUCCGAAAUUAAUGAGAUGAAAUUGGAUAUCAAUGGAUUAAGGGAUACGAUACAAGAAUUAUUAGUUUUGCAACGGCAAAUCUGGCAAAAAAUUAAUGUAAAUAGUGCCAUUACAGCGAAUGGUCAACAGCAUCACCAACAACAAAGGCAGAAUCAGACCACAAGCAAUACAACAAAUCAAAAUAUCACCACUACUACUACCACUAAUAAUAAUAAUAACAACAACAAUAAUAAGAACCUUAAUAAUACUAAUAACAAUAUACAAUCACAUUCUAUGCUUCAUUCUGUCAGUGGAACUACGCCGUUAUUGCUUCCUGAUUCAAAUAGGAAUUUUAAUCCGCUCUCUCCAAUAGAUCCCACCCAAUCAAAUACCUGUUUAACACCUUCUCUUGCACCUGCUACCAUGUUUCCGACAUUAUCUACAGUGGUUGCCACUACAGCGAACACUCCACAUGUUUCUAAUACACCAAUGAAUACUCUAGUAUCAAUGAGUGUCCCAUCUGGAAGUAACCUCAAUAACAAUGACAAUAAUAAUAUAAAUAGGAAUAAUACCCUCAACACUAAUAGCAACGUAAGGACUACUGCCAUUCAAAACACUAAUAAAGCUAAUAAUAAUAAUAAUAAUACUGCACUCACAAAUACAUUCACCUCUCAACCUAUUUUGAGCAGUGAUCGGAAACGUAAAUUUCAAUAUUUGUCUGUGUCAAAUCCACAGGCCACUUCUCCUAACUUUUCUGAUUUUGUUACUACAAGUCCAGCACCAAGUCUAAUGAAUACUACUGGUAAUACUAUCUCUAAUAAUUUAAAUACUGUCCGUGGCCUACAACAGUAUCAAAAAAGUUUGGAAAAUACAAAUAACCCAAUACUAACAAAGAAAUUGAAGGCAUACUCAGAAAAUAAUGCAUCUUCUAUUGCUUCUAAUACUUCUGCUACAGCUACCGUCAUCAAUUCAGCUGAUGAGAAGCAGCGUCAACAAGCAAAAUUACAGCCAGAAUCUCAAUCACAGCAACAACAAGUUUUUGAUAAUAUUUUAAAUAGAUCUGUGUUUCCUACUUCUCCGGGACAGUUUUCCUUACCUGCGAUUACACCCGUGAGCAACCAGCUAAGAGGAGGCUCUCCUUAUGCUCAGAAUAUUGGUUUAAGAACAAAAUUAAACUCUUAUUCUUCUCCCACCAAUAAACUUAAUGUCGUUGGCGUUGAUGUUAAUAACGUUACCUCAACUGUUAUGUCUGGUAAUGAGGAUUCCAGUGUUACUUCUAAUAAGAAUAUGCUAAAUAAUAUUGGUAACAAUAAAAUUAAUUCAUCGCUAGGUACAAUCUACGGUACGAAAAUUAUAAAUGGAAAGUUGCUUACUGAUAGUGAAAAUACCACUUUUAAUAAUAAUGUCAAUAAUCUUGAGGAAAAUGUUAUCGAAGAGGAAGAAGAAGGUGAAGAUGAUGAGGAUGGUGAUGAUGAAGAUAUGGAUGAUGAAGAUAUGGUUGGUAAUUCUGAAGAAAACAAAAAUAACAAUAACAGAAAGAUUACGACUUCCAUCACCGCUGAUGGAGAACAAACAACAACUACAACCGUCAUGAAUACCGAUGACAAGUCCAUAGUUAGGCAGAAGAGAAAGUAUACACGGAAACCUAAAGAAGAAGGUGCACUGGGGCCUAAUUAUGCGAUUAAAUAUAAAUUGUCAAGGGCAAACAAAACCAUUUAUGACUUGUAUACAGAAUGGUACUUUGGGUUGAACGGUAAACUAUCAAUUAAACAAUUAAUUGCAAAAUAUGGUUGGAGACGGUGGAAAGUAACUGAAGAUUCACAUUUUUUUCCCACAAGGAGAAUUAUUAUUGAUUACAUUGAAAAAGAAGUUUCAUUGGGAUUUAGUAAUGGGAAAUUUGAUAUUAGUGCAAUGACAAGAGAUCAUGCCAGAAGUAUUGUCGUCAAUGACUUGGAAAAAUUUAGAACGGGAAAUGGGCUAACUUUGAACAGUUUAAGUAUGAUGUUUAGAAAUCUGAAACGACAAGGUAUGGAGAUUAAUAUCUAUGAAGAUUCUAAAAGAGUUGAUGCAAAUGAAAAGGUUCUAGAUGACAAUAUAAUCGUUGGUGAUAACGGAUGGAUAAUUAAGAGACUAAGUGAGGAAAAUAAGAACAGGUUAUGUAAGAGAAGAAAUCUCACUGGUAAUAACAACAACAAUAAUAGUACCAAAAUGAAUUCUAAUGACAAUGAUACAAUUUAA